UGGGAUGUCUGACUUCAUGCGUCUAUGGACUCACUGAGGCUGUGGGCCUGCUCCAGGCUUCAUGUGUCUAUGGACUCACUUUCGUUCUGAACGCUGUUGGUUGCUUUUAUUGUUUGAAAGAUGUGUAUUUUUUUCCUCUCUCUCUGCUCAUUGGGUGUUUGUUGGCCCUUUUAUUAAAUGGGUUCUUUAGGGUUUCUUGUUUCAUGGCUGCCUGUAAGCAGACGAAUCUCAACAUCGUAUAACUUAUACAUAUUUAGGUAAUAAACAUACUUUGACCUUUGAACUGCUCAUGGUGGUGGAUUAUAACUGCUAGCCUUAGAAUCACAUAUAGGUCACUCAGGUAACUAAUAUAUCCCUCUGUUAUUGAACCAGCCGAUGGUUUCUUGAUACUCAAAUAAUAACACCAUCAUUAUCACUGUUACUUAGUGUACUUUCUAGUUCUAGCUAGAUCUGAACUUGUCAGGAACACUAACCCAGUACUUACACUUACACUUACUGGCAACUCACACAAUGCAACGCAAAACACAAAUACAUUUAUUGAAGUACUGGUUGCAUUACAGUCUGGUCUGUACAGGAUCGAAAAAGGCUGCAGAAAGUUGUAAACUCAGCCAGCUCCAUCAUGGGCACCAGCUCUUCCAGCAUUGAGGACACCUUCGAAAGGCACUGCCCCAAGAAGGUGGAAUCCAUCAUUAAGGACCCUCCAUCACCCAGACGCCCUCUUCCCAUUGCCACCAUCACAGAGGGUGUACAGGAGCCUAAAGACACAACACUCAAUGUUUCAGGGACAGCUUCUUCCCCUCCGCCAUCAGAUUUCUGAAUGGACACUGAACCCAUGAACUGUUCCUCACUAUUUUCUUUUGCUUUUUCUUUGCACUACUUACUUAAUUUAAUAUUAUAUAAAUAUGUCUUAUUGUAAUUUAUUGUUUUUUAUCAAUUCGCAUUGCACUGUAUUGCUGCCGCAAAACAACAAAUUUCACGACGUAUGCCAGUGAUAGUAAACCUGAUUUUGAUUCUGUAACAUGCAGAGGAGAGGAUGUCAUUGCUAAUUUGGAGUCCAGGUGAUUAAACAGAUUAAGGGUGCAUGGUGCAGGGUGCAGGUUCCCUGACCGCAAUUAAGACUUUGGCACUGCAUGGAAAACCAGAUUCAGAGGGGAGGGAUAUGGAUAAGAUGAAACAGGAAUGCCCCCAAACCUGUUUUCUGGUUGUCUGGGUACAAAUAGUAACAGGUGGAGGGGUUAGCCUCUGAGAUUACACUUGUUCUCAUAUCACAGCUUCUUUUGAAGUUGGUCGCGAUUCAACAUGUGUGUAAAUAUUGUGGAAUUUGUAAAGAUAGCACUGGGUUGAUAAUAGUUGACCCACGAGCAAUAAGGAUUUCACUUCCAGCAGUCCCGCAGGGCUGCGAGGGAAUGAGAGCAGGUUCAAAGCUCUUGGAGCAGCACUUACCUCAGGAAGGGUGCUUCAGGUAAUUAGGUAUUCUGAUGCAACGUCACCACGAGCUGAAUGCUACCUGUGUUUAUAAAAUAGAGAGCAGACAGGUAGCCAGCAGUAGAGGUGGGUCCUACAGUAUUUAUACUCCUGAAAGCAGUCCAUUGAGGAAGGAUUGGUGAAACUGGAAGGAGUCUCUGUCAAAAAUUUAACACCCCAUCCCAUACGUAACAGUGAUUAAGAUAUUGCCGUGAUGCAUAUCCGUCCGCGUUACAUUGUUGAUCGAUCAGCUUAUUCCAUUCCUGAAUUUGAUGAGGAGUACCAGAAGAAAAUCAGGAGUUACCCCCACUCACAAAAAGUACAGAAGUUCUUCAGCUGUUCAACAACCCGUGUCAAGUCUAUUAUCCUUCAACUCUUCCCAAUAUUCUCAUGGCUUCCAAAGUACAACUUCAAGAAGGCUUUCCUUUUCGAUGUCAUUGCUGGUAUCAGUGGUGGGACUAUUCAGGUACCUCAAGGCAUGGCCUUUGCACUGCUUGCCAGUCUUCCACCAGUCAAUGGACUGUACUCCUCGUUCUUCCCUCUUAUCAUCUACUUCUUCCUUGGAAGCAUACACCACAUGGUCCCAGGUACAUUUGCUGUGUUGAGCAUCAUUGUCGGGAAUGUGGUUCAAACCCUGGCUCCAGUCGAGAAGUUUCAACACUUCAAUGAAACUCUGAAUGAGACGGUGACGGACAUCACUGCCAUGAAUGCUGAGCGCAUGCACAUAUCAGGAACCCUGACGUGUUUAACAGCUAUCAUACAGAUUUGUCUAGGCUUCGUUCAGUUUGGCUUUAUUUCAAUUUACCUCUCCGAAUCAUUUAUCAGAGGAUUCAUGACGGCAGCCGGGCUGCAGAUCUUGAUCUCAGUGUUGAAGUAUAUAUUUGGUCUGUCUAUCCAUGCCUACAGUGGUCCUUUGGCAAUAAUAUAUACAUUCAUAGACAUCUGCAAAAACCUUCCCAAAACCAAUGUGGCUUCACUGAUUUACGCUCUGAUCAGCAGUGUGGUCUUAUUCGCUGUGAAAGAGAUCAACGUCAGAUUUAAGCACAAGCUUCCAUUUCCCAUCCCAAUGGAAAUCAUCAUUGUUGUAGUUGCCACGGCGAUCUCAGGGGGGCUGCACAUGCCCAAAAAGUACAACAUCGACAUUGUGGGACAGAUUCCUUUAGGGAUGCCUGCCCCUCAAGCUCCCAGUGUCAGCCUAUGGAGUGAAAUGAUUGGACCUGCUAUCUCACUUGCUAUUGUCGGCUAUGUCAUUAACUUAGCAGUAGGAAGGACAAUUGCCACCAGGCAUGGCUAUGAUGUAAACGCAAGCCAGGAAAUGCUCGCACUGGGCUGUGGCAACUUUUUCGGAGCGUUUUUCAACAUCCACGUUAUCUGUUGUGCACUGUCAGUUACUUUGGCUGUGGAAGGAGGUGGAGGGAGCUCGCAGUUCGCCAGUCUCUUUGUGGUGAUAGUGGUGCUUCUAGUAUUUAUGGUUUUGGGAGUGUACCUGCAACCGCUUCCUAAGUCUGUACUGGGAGCACUGAUAGCCGUCAACUUGAAAAACACCUUGAUGCAGAUCACCGACCCCUUCUACCUGUGGAAGAAAAACAAACUGGAUUGUAGCGUGUGGGUGGUAAGCUUCCUGUCAGCGUUCCUGCUUGGUUUGCCCUACGGGGUGGCAGUCGGCGUGGGAUUCUCGGCACUAGUUGUGGUGUUCCAAACACAAUUUCGGAAUGGCCACCUGGUGGGACAGAUUGCAGCUAGCGACAUUUAUAAAAAUCCCAAGGUCUUUGAAAAGGCUAAAGAAAUCAGUGGAAUAAAAAUUAUAACUUACUGUUCCCCGCUGUAUUUUGCAAAUGUGGAGUUUUUCCGGAAGAAAGUGAUUAAGAAGUCCGGAUUUGACCCGGUAAAAGUUCUAAUAGCCAAGAAAAGGUACCUCAAAGCUGCCAAGAAAGAGGAACAGGAAAUAGAUGCAAGAAGACCAAGUAAUCUCUUCAAUAAGCAAGUAUCGUUACAGGAGCUGGUUAAAGAGGUGGAAGCAGAGGUAUCCAUGGACUGCAAUAAUAACUCUGUAAAUGAAGGCCCCCGAAUCUCCUAUAUCACAGUCAACACCCCGAAUGGGUUGCACGAGAGGAUGGAGAAGUCUACACUGGAGCGGGAGAAUCCUGAAGAUCCCAUUAAACUUGCACAUCCCAUCAUUGACAUCCACACGCUCAUCCUGGAUAUGAGCGGAGUCUGUUUCGUAGAUCUUAUGGGGAUCAAAGUUCUGGGAAAGAUGUGUUCAAGCUACAAGAAGAUUGGCGUGAACGUCUAUCUGGCUGGCAUACGAGAUCAAGUGUUUGAAGAUAUCGAGAACGGCGGUAUGUUCGAAGAGAGUGGACUGGCACGUAACUGCCUCUUCCUCUCAGUCCACGAUGCGGUUCUUUACUCACUGGCCAGCAGGCAGGAUACAACCAAGGAAAAGGUUCCGGGUUCUGCAGCGAUCUAUAUGAACGAGGACGUGUCAAGUGAUGAAAACGAUAACAACCGGGAUUUGGAGCAGGUCAUGUUUGGAACCAUGUUCGACAGCAGCAUUGCAGAUCAUACAAUUCUGUGAACAUGUCUGGAAACCCUGAAGAUCAAAUGCAAGUGAUUGGAAUUCGAAGCCAAAAGUGCUUUCGGAUCAAAUAACUUGUUAAAUGUGUAUUGUAAAGUGCUUUGCACUGGCUUCUGAUACACAGGGCGAUACAGAAAAGGGUAGAAUGUGCAGGCACCAGUUGUUAGUUAAAGACUCUUUCUUGGUUGUAGUAGCUAUUUCUUAUUUAAUGCACAAGGAAUGGACAAGUCUUCCCCAUGCUUGUGUGAAACCUUCUAAUUUGACACGUGUGAAAAUACGAUGCUAUUGUACUUGGUUGAUAUCCUGUGUGCCUGGUAUCUCUCUUUGCCAUGUAGAGAUGCCAGAGGUCUUACGUCUUUCUCUUAGUCAGUUCCUCAGGUUCGAGAAUGACUUGCUCCCGCUGAAGGUUCUGAGAUGGCCAGUCAGGCCAAUGCGGAACUCCUCACGGUCUCUGCCGCAGGUGGGGCAGGAGGUGCUUGAUUGGGAGGGCAAGUGGAUAGAUUGGGAGAUGGUCCACCCCUUCCACCCUCUAUGCAGGGGCUUCGAUGAAGAGACUCCAGGUAUCGUCUCCUGAGAUCCUACUCCAUGUCGAGCGGUCAUUGGGCCGGAGAUCCUCAGGAAUCAGUGGGGUUGAUAGAUUCUUGAUAAAUAAGGGCGUCAAAGGUUUUGGGGAGAAGGCAGGAGAACAGGGUUGAGAGGGAUAAUAAAUCAGCCAUGAUGGAAUAGCAGAGCAGACUCGAUGGCUGAAUGGCCUAAUGCUGCUCCUAUGUCUUAUGGUCUUACGGGUUGAUGUACAGGAAGAUUGGGCUCCCACUUUAAAUACCAGUACUUUAGGAAGAGUGUGUUCAAAAUACUUCAGCCGAAGGUCACUUGUGACAUGAAGGCUUACAAAAGAGUUGAAGGUGUUCAUUAAAGCACUGCACAUGGGCAGUGUCCACAGGCAAAAUGGCAAUGAAGAAGUGCAAACACAACAGAUCCUGAUGCUUACCACCCAAUGGAGAGCAUUAAUGAUGGCAGUCCCAGAUAUUGUAUGUCCUUGCCUAGCCCGGACAGGUCAGGUGGAAUGCUCUGACUGCGAUCGAGCGACUCCAGACAUUUGAAAUGGCGAUGAAUACAGCACAAGAGAGAACCCAUCAUCCAAGCUACUUAGAAGAGCAUUAAAAGAUGGUGAAGUUGAAAUGAUUUAAUUUAUUCCAUGCCCCUCUUUCCCUGCCCCCUCCCUCCCCACCCCAGUAGUAACUUGGGGCAACGCACAUCCAGUGGAAUACAGGGUUGGUGAAGUAAACUUCAACGUGUGCCUUCCUUAAACCUUAUGUGGCUGUUAUACAGAAGGUCCCCAAUUAAGCACCAUAGCUGUUGUCCCCUAGUCACUGUCUAACCUUAGAGCAAAACCCUCUCCUGUGUCAUUCUCUCAUUUUUAGUCAUAUGUCCAGUUAAUUCAUGGCUACGUCAUCUCAAAGUAAGCUAAACUGACGAAACAGGAAAUGGGUAGGGCUUAUCAUACUCAUAAUUAUGAAGUAUAUCAUUAUUGAAGUAAUAAUGUAAUGUUUUGCUGCACUCCAAUGUGAAAUACAUGCAACUGUUAUUUAACUGAUAAAUACUAUUAUAUGCCAAUGAAAUAAUAAUAAAUAUAAUAUAUUA